UACAAAACCAUGAACCCACCAGAUUUCAAUUCGAUUCCAAUAAUAGAAGGAGCAUGUCCAUCACCACCUUCCUUCUCCUCCUCCUCCUCUCGCCGGCGAUCACCGCCACCCCGACGGCGUACGAGAUGCUGGAGAGCUUUCACUUUCCGGCGGGUAUUCUCCCCAAGGGAGUGACCGGUUACGAGCUGGAUCCGUCCAGCGGCAAAUUCAGCGCCGAUCUGAACGGUUCGUGCAGUUUCUCCCUCGAAGGUUCGUACCAGUUGAGCUACCAGAAAACCAUCACCGGCUACGUAUCCGAAGGCAGGCUCACCGAACUCCGCGGGAUUAGCGUGAAGAUCCUCUUCUUCUGGCUCAACAUUCUCGACGUCGUUCGCGUCGGCGAAGACCUCGAUUUCUCCGUCGGCGUCGCCUCCGCUUCCUUUCCCCUCGAUAACUUCUUCGUCUCCCCGCAGUGUGGUUGCGGCUUGGAUUGCGAUGAUUUUCGAAUUAGGAAACUCGAUUUGGGAAACCGAAAACCCUCCCUUUCCUCUGUGUAGAAAUCAAGUUCAAUUAAACUCUCCUUUAUUUGAUUAUGAUUAUUAUCUGUGGACGCUUGUGCUCUAUGAUAUCUCUUGUUAGAUGUUGAUUUUAUUAGUACUAAUAUAUAUUAUUAUCGUAUGACAUAUUAUAUUUA